AUGAGAAGGAAUUUGCUCAUUGAAGACGCCGCUUUUGGCACUGCUGAAACAGCGUAUACAGAGGCAGUUGAAUCAGGUCAUACGGCAUUUAUGAUGCAGGAGGACUACAGAAUGGGCGAUACAUUCAAAAUGAAAUUAGGCAAUAUACCACCCGAAGAAUCUAUUAAACUGACCUUCAAAUAUGUGAUUCCAUUAUACCUUCGCAAAAUAGAUCUGGCCUUAGACCGCUUCGUUGGUUUGAAAGACCCGUUUGUAUCUGUGUUUUCCAUGCCUGCCAGAAUUGGUGAACGCUAUGACCCAAACCCUGGCAUCCAUGGUGACCGUUCUACUAGUUCUCAACUUGCUGCUAAAAUGACCUUCACUGCUGACAUUUAUGCGGACGGUCAAAUUCUGUCUGUCACAUCGGCUCAUCACAGGUUUCUUGUUGAUUUUGAGGAUAAUGAAAAAAAACGGGCUAAGGUGUCCUUAGACGGUGAAAUGGAUUUGUCGCAUGAUUUUGAACUGGAGCUUGCAGUUGAGAAUCCAUAUGCCUUGUGGGCACCUUGUGAAUUGGGACAGGCUGAUAAGGGCGGGUUUUUGGGGAUGCAUUGUGUCACUGCGAACUUUCUUCCUGACAUUCCUCAAUCAAAGGCGCCUGAUGGUGACAAAUUGGAAAUUAUAUUUGUUCUUGACAGAUCUGGAAGCAUGAGCGGGACAAGAAUAAGUAAAACCAAGGAAUCGUUGCUUCUAUUUCUGAAAUCUCUGCCGAGAAAAUGUCGCUUCCAAAUUGUCGGUUUCGGAAGCAUGUUCAGAGCCCUCUUUAACGAGCCUGUCGAUUACACAAAAGAGAACCUAGAUAGGGCAUUGGAAUAUCAGUCAAGUUUGAAAGCUGAUAUGGGCGGCACGGAAGUUUUCCAGGCGUUAAAGUCAGUUUAUGACACUCCAAUUACAGGCGCUGGAUGGUAUAGGCAGAUAAUUUUCCUAACUGAUGGGGAAAUAUACAACCAGGAUGAAGUGAUCGGCCUCGUGGCAAGGAACCAAUCAAAUGCCAGGCUCUUUGCCAUUGGCCUGGGCGAUGAGGUCAGCACGUCCCUCAUUUGGGGCGUCGCACGAGCAGGUCGUGGCACAGCCAGUUUCAUUCGCAAUAACGACAACUUGCGCUCAACCAACAUGUCCGUGCUCAAGGCGGCUCUCCAGCCGAUGCUGACCGACGUGGAGUUGAAGUGGGACGUGCAAUCCGGGGGCAAGGCACUUGACGUCCUCACGGUCCCCUCCCAGCUCCCUCCUCUCUUCUCCGGGAACUACAUGACAGCGUUUGGUCUCGUUCCCGCCCCUCCAUCCGGUGAGAAUAGUGCAAAGAGAGUUUUCAGUAAAUCAUUUCGGGCAAGUGUGGGUAGUUUCAUCUACUUAGCCCUCAUACUCUGGCACUUGUGUCUCAAAUAUUAUCUGGCUAUGCUGCAACCGCUUUUGAGCAGAGUGUAUUAG